GCUAAGGAAAACACUUGUUUUAAAAUCGUUUCAAUCCUGAAAAUAUGGACAGCAGUAGAACUGCUACUUCUUCGUCUGAAAAGAUGCGAGCGCUUCUUCGGUGUUGGUGCUAGCGUUCUCUAACGCUGGGUUACGUCACGGUAUCCGGACGAACCGACCAACCCCAAUUUUCCAACAACCCUUCAUAAAAAAAAGCCAGCUGAGCAGGCAAGACGCAAGACCUCGUCCCACUCCGCUCAACACUUUCUACCAUGAAGCAAAAACUAUCUCUUUGAGCGCGGUGUGGCGCCACUGCCUUGGCGGAUUAUAAACAUAGAGAUAGGUCACAAGUAUAAAGGAUCGAGGUUGCUUUUGGUUGCUUUCACCCAACAUGUGGUGGGCCGCCGUUUCGCUUCUGCUCCUACAAGGAGUUGAAUGUACCUAUUAUGGCAAGUUGAUUGGCGACAUAAAAACCAAUGCUCACGGACUCAAGGGGAAGGUCUACGCUGCUACGGAGAGUACCUUCUACCUCGUGGGCUUGCACUACGAUGGCAAAGGACCAGAGGCUUUUUUCUGGGCAAGCCCUUCUACGGAGUUGCUUCCUAGCGGUACCAUCGUGCCAGACGAGAAAGGACACUCAAAUGUUCUACGUGCCUACUCGGGGGAGACUUUCACCAUAACUCUCCCCGCUGGAAAGAAAAUUACCGAUUUUAAGUCGCUGGGCGUGUUUUGUCGAAAGUUUGCGGCUGACUUUGGCCAUGUCGUUAUUCCCGACAACUUUCAAUUGCCAAAGGAGCAAGUGUUGACAGGCUUUACAAAUGGUGCCCACGGCGUCCGAUCGGGUCCCAUCGUUCUUAAGGACUCACGGACUGUUUUUAUCCCCUCUCUUCAUUACGAUGGAGCCGGACCUGAUGCCUACUUUCUAAUUGGUAGUUCACCGAAGGUGCAAGCAUCUGGCGCUACUAAGGUGCCAGACGAAAAUGGAAGUCUGGAAAAGCUGAAAGCCUACAACGGCAAGGAUGUCACCCUCAAAGUUCCCGACAACAUGACGUGGGCCGACGUCAAGUGGCUGUCCAUGUACUGCAUCCUUGCUAGUCAGGACUUUGCCCACGUGAACAUUCCAGUGGAUCUUCACGUUCCCGUCGAUCUGAGUGGAAUAUCUCCUCACGGUGGAAAAGCUGGAGCUGCUCAUAUCGCCUCCUCCAUUGCCCUAAUUGCACUGAGCGUGGGACUCAUAUUCUCUCGCUAAGCAUCAGACAAGCCAGGAGCAACCGUUUGAAGAGGAUUUUAUUGGGGGAAAUAAAAGUUUCCUUCUCGAUA